AUGGAAAGUGAACGUAAAAGGAAACAUGUACAAGCGUUUUGUCAUAGUGUUGAUGUAUCUCCGGCCAACAAAGCUGUCAAACUUCAGUCGGCAGCUCAGGUGAAGACAAAGUUCAAAAAGGGUGACAUGAAAAUGUCAUUGGCUAGGAUUAAAGCGACAAAUGAAGGUAUUGCAUUGAAUGAUAAACUGCUAAGCUUUUCGGACUUGAAGCCUCAUUGUGUUGAAAUGUUGAUCAAGUACAUGAACGAGAAAAGUAUUGUCAGGAUGGCUGUAAGUUAGGGGAUAAAUCCUAAAGAAAGCAGCUGAAAAUUAAUUUGCAAAGUAGAAAAGUAUAAAAUACCAAAGUAUAAUGUUACAAAUAGAGAUCCUUUAACGUAAAUUAACUUAUCCCUUUUUAAUGUAAGCGAAAAUUUGUUGUUUUAGUUGGUGAACAAGAAGCACUUUCACACGGUGCGCUACUGCUUCCGUUCGAAGCCGUGUAUCAACUUUUGUCCUAAUAAAUGCCUACAAUGCCUUUCUCGAGAGCCAUGCUUUGAUGCGACUCGUGGUUGUGGCCACAAAACCAUAAACAAGAUCGACAACUGGAUGUCAUUGUUAAGGCUGGGUAUCCUCACACCUAGUACCAUCCACAUAAGCUCGCCGAUUCGACCGAGGAAUGUGAGAGUGUCAAUGCAUGGGGUGAAGAAGAUCAUCAAGAAUCUAAAGUCUCGUGAGUUUUAGUACUUUUAUAGUAAUUGUUGGUACCAUUAAAUUGAUACCACUCUUUGGUUAUACGAUCAAAAAUUAGUGCAUUAACACAGUAUUACAGUAAUAUGAUACCAAAAUUGUUAUUCUUAUAGUAAAACAGGUACCACUAAUACCUCAUUCAAUAAUUUCUUUAUUCCAGCCAUCUACCGUAUCUUCCUGGACGUAUCCAAAGAAUCCAGCUACCAGAAGCCUCUACAAGAUAUACUGGAACGCAACAAAGAUACCAUCGAGCUAAUACAUAUUAAAAACUCGACCAAAGACAAGACCAAGCUUUACUUUCGACAGUUUGCUGAUUACUAUCGAUUUGGAGACGAUCUCUGGCUAUGCCAAACUUAUCGUCAGCGUGAUCCAGAGCCGCUGAAAGAACAGAAUCCGGCUGAUAAUAGUGUAAAGGCGUAG